UUUUUUAGUGCUUCGGAAAUUACUGUCUGCAAUGGAGUCAUAUUUUUGCUUAUCAAAUUCUGAUUCUGUUUUCUUUGGGAAUUCGCCAAAAUUAUGUCAUUUCUUCAUCGUUUCUCAAUCCGGUCGUUGUCAUAGUAGAAAAGCGUCGAACGUUUGACAAAAUUCGCUAGUGAAUAUCGUUAUAAAAUUCAGUGUCGACCCUGGAGACAUCUUGUGAUAAAAAGUAUUGCAGCGAGUCAUUUCGCUGUCUCUGAUUUAGUCUUCACGUGAAACGAGUAACAAAAUUAAAUUGGUGCUAUUUAGUGUCCGCAAUCAUGGAGGAGUCGUGGGAUGCGGAAAAUUUCGAGCCCAAAUUGCCGACCACGUUGACAUCUUCGAAUAAAUGGGAGGGCGAGGACGAGGAAGAGACCGUCAAGGAGAGCUGGGAGGACGAGGAGGAGGAAAAAAAGGACGAAGAGAAACUGCCGCCGCCGCCACCUAAGCCCAAGAAGAAAAUUGCGGACAAAAUAGCUGAGAAAGAGCGUCUGGAACGCGAGAAGGCCGAGCGCCUGGCCGCCGAGAAAGUGGAGGCGGAGAUGACGCCCGAACAGAAGUUAGUGGAGAAGCUCAAGAGACAGAAGCUGCAAGAGGAAUCUGAUCUCCGUCUGGCUAUGGAGACAUUUGGAAUCACAGAAGCCAAUGUCGGAAAGCUAGACAGCUUCAACCCGACCACCAAGGAGGAGUUCACAGAGUUUGCGGAGCUGCUCGUCAAGAAGAUCACCCUGUAUAAGGCCAGGGAGGAGUUCCCCGAGUUUGCCGAUGAGCUUGUUAAGAAUAUUGUUGUUCAAAUGUCAUCUCUGGACAUAAAGAGGAUAAAGCUGACCGUGGACAACCUGUACAUCGAGAAGCAGAAAGCUGAGAAGAAUGAUAAGGGCAAGAAACCCAACAAGGGCAAGGGCAAAGCGAAAUUAAAAGUGGAAGGGGACAAUGCUCACCUGAAUCAAUACGACGCCUACGGCAACUACGACGAUGAUUACGACGAUUUCAUGUAAACGUAUACUUAUACUUAGCCUGAUACCUGGCCCGUCCCCAUUGCUUGCUCGAGCACACGCGCGUAUGCCAUGUCCUUUAGUGCUCAAAGUGGUAACACACUAUCGCACCGCGCCGCGACCUUAGUGCGUCGCACCCAUAAGUGAGAGCGAGAAACAGAUAUUUCUUUCCCGCUCUCACUUGGGUGCGACGCUCCAAGGUUGCGGUGCCGUGCGAUAGUGUGUUACGGCCUUUAGACGGCGCGAGAACUCGCAUGCGAGUCAUUACUACACCUGGAGCUUUUUAUAGCAAAAGCCUGUUAUUGAUAAGCAAAGCAAGUCAAAGAUAAAUAUAUAAAAAUGUUCUAGCUCUAAAAAGCUCUAGGUAUAUUCAAUAUUCAUUACGUUGCGGUAUUUGAACGGUCGGCUGAAUGGGGUUGGCAACUGUCAAUGGUUUGCAUAGAUGGCACCAGCAUAGAUUUCCCGUCUAGUAUUGUUCUAAGUAAUUUAGCCUGGCAUCCAGGCCAUAACAUUAAAACAAAAAACCAGAAUUUGACACAAUUUUAGCUAUUGACCGGAAAACAUGCUGACGCCAUCUCUAAAUAUACUUCGACCGGGCCAACCCAUUGGAUGAAACCUCAAUAGUCCGCAAUGUAACUAAACUCGUAUGCGAGCUCGCGCGCCUAUAUGAGCCUAUACGCUUGUCCACAGUCCGCAGCAGAAGCUAAGCGGCCCGCAAAUUGAUCUGAACACAACUUUAUUGCCUAGGGAAUAACGUGUGGGCAGAAUAUUCUGGCCAUCUGACACGCUUAGACACUUUUGCUGCUGACUAUACGAUUCUUACUAACCAGGUGGUGCUGGGACGAACCAUAGCGUCAAAGGAAUUUGAAGCUUCUAUACAGUACUUAAAUUCUAUAUUUGAAUGGCAGCCACUCGUAGAACGCGUGUCAUUCUUUUUAAAAUAUGGAAUAUGAACUACUAUAUAGUGUUCUCAAUUUUUUUUGCCUCUAGACUCGGAACAAGGUCAAAUUACCAUGGAAAUAUGACGUUUAGGGUGACUGCUAUAAUUAUUAGCCCCUCCAUAGUAAAGGCAGAAAGAAACAAGGCAAUAUAAGUCUUAUUGUUAAGAGUAGUCAAUAACUACUAGCAGUCGCCUUACAAUGUUACAACGCACAGUUAGCUUUGAUGGACUGAUAAAGCGCCACAACUGCUUGCUAUUGGUAGGAAUCGUAGAUUGUAUGCGCCUAAAACUCGCCUGUGCUCGCCAAGUAAUCUGUAUGACACAACUCCCCAACCUUACGGCUUAGACAGGGGUAACUUUCGUUUGUAUUGUAUUUUUGUAACUUCGAAGUGAUAUUUUCACGUCAUUAUUUAUUGUACUGUCAUGAAAAUGUGCUCUUGUAAAUAAGUCGUUAUUUUAACUCACAAUAAAAUUAUAGUAUUAAUUAUUUUUAUGGCCGUCAGGUAUCGAAAUUGGCAAGCCAUAUAGCCUAACCAUUAUUUUACAUAUUGUAAUAUAAUAUACAGUCGUUUCAUUCAACGGUUAUGGUCCGAUGUUAUGUUAUAUAGAUAUUAAAUUUUUUAUUGUGAUAUAA